AAAUGGAACUUGAGAGAAGCCAGCUGCAAGAUGAAAAAGAUGCAUGCUGUACUGAGCUAAAUUCCAGAGAUGAUUCCAUGAAAUUAAUGGAGAGCAGACUUGCAGAAGAAAUGUCAAAACUGGAACAAGCACAAAAGGAGAAUGAAAUCCUCAACCUGCAGGUAUCAGACUUGGAAAAGCAGCAAGACUACCUGAAAAAUCUGCUGCAGCAGCAGGAUGAGCAGUCAUACCAAAUAAGCUGGCAGCAAAAUCAGUGCACUGCCAUGGCUGAGAAAAUAGAGUUUCUAGAGUACGAGAACCAGCUGCACCUUGAACACUUGGCUGACAUGGAAUCCAAGAUGAAAACAAACUUGUACUCCUUGCGAGAACGUAAUGUGCAGUGUGAAGAGCUAAAGAAACAAGCCUCCCAAUUACAGAGAGAACGGGAUGCCCUUCAGGAAGAAUUAGACUGUACAAAGGCAGAAGCGCGCUUCAUGCUGUUGAAAUUGGGUAGAGAAAUGAGAAAUUGUUCCUUGGAGUUGAGCAAGAUUAAAGAGAAGCUUCAAGAUCUCAUUAGCUCAGUGCAGACGAACACGCAAAAGGAUCUGUGUUUGGAAGAAAAGCCUUUGGACACGCCAGCAGCAAAGAACAGGUCUUUCGUUGCCAGUGUUUUGGAAGCAUUUACUGGACAACAAAUGGUGGAAGAGACAGAAAUAGCUAAUGAUACUCAGGAGGAUCAUCCAUCUAGCCUUGGAAGUGAAAAGAGUGCUUUCACCAGAGUUGAACCCACAACACCAAAGCGAGAGCCAGAGGCUGAGCAAAGUCUUUGGACAUCAGUGACUGACUUGGAUGAAACUGUGGCUAAUCUCCUUGUGAUAGUAUGUCAGUCUCAAGAGAAAAAAGAGUUUGAAAUCCAGAAGCUGCACCAUGAGAUGUCUUUACUGCAGGAGGAGCAACAAAAUAUAGAUAUCCAGCAUUCCUCUGAAGUAAAAAGCCUCCAAAUACAAAUUGAAGAUCUGGAACAUACAAAUCAAAAAUUUAAUGACAUGCUUGAAAAGAAUGAGAGUUUACAAGAAGAACUGGAACAACUCAAACACGCUCUUGGAAAAGCAGAACUUGAUGCAAAAAAAUUGCAUGAGGAACAAGAAAGGAGUAGAGACAGCAAUACAGUCCCAGAGCACAGUGACCUGGUACAGGAAGCUGUUGGGUUGAAACAAGAGGUGAAUAAAUUGAAGAAAUUAUUGUCCGAGUGUGAAACAAGCAAAAGUGAAAUUUUAGCUCGGGCCUGCAGACAUAGGAAAAUUCAAGAUGAAAAUAUCAGGAAGACUGAGGAGGAACUGCAGAAGCUUGAUAGUAUAAUUGAGCGUGUCAGAGAAACACUGAUGUGUAUACCUAAUGUUGUUGCUGGCUGUAAGGAGCUUCAAACACUCUUAGAAUUUAUUGGUUGACGGCAUCUGAAUUUGGUGCAGCAUAAAAAAGUGCAAGAUAAUAUUGUAAAGAAUGUUCUGACAAUUUGCAAAUUUUGUAUACACUGGAUACUUAACGUUUUUGUACAUAAUGUUCAUGUAAAAUAUAAAUAAAUCUUAUGUUAAAGAAUAAUUA